AUGGAAAAACUUGAUGAUGAUAAUCUGUAUUAGUCAAAAUUAGAAUAAAUUUAUCUAAUAAUGAAGAAAAAUGAUUUUCAGAACUACUCCAGUUUGAACAUAAUACAAUACAUUAUUUCAUACUAUCUUUGACUACUUAUAUUGCCACUAACAUAGUAUUAAUUAUCAUAAUCAUGAAAUCAUUCAUCGAUUAAUUGUAUUAUAGCUGUUAUUAAUUAAUUAUAUAAGAGUGUGUUUGUUCUUCCAAGUUUAUAAAUUGAUUGCAACAUUAUAUACAUAAUCCCAUCAUAUACAUGCAUACAUACAUAUUUAUGAAGAUCAUGGCUUUUUACUACAAACCCUUGUCAACAAUCUUUCUCAUGUCGAAUAAUUUAUUUGUCCUUUGUUUGAUAUUGAUGACAUCAUCAUCAGAUGCAGCAAAAACAACUAGUUACACUCUUGAUUUAAUCCACCGCGAUUCGCCAUCAUCGCCUUUCUACGACCCUUCCCGCACACGUCUGCAACGCCAGGCGGGCUCGUUUCUUCGCUCGAUCGCCCGCUCGUCGUCAAACUUGUUGUCCGCUCCGGUUUCGCCGUUUUCCGGGGAGUAUGUGACGAAGUUCCGAAUCGGGACCCCUGCGGUCGAGGUAUUGGCGAUAGUCGACACCCACAGCGACUUAACGUGGACACAAUGCGUUCCUUGCCGCAAUAACGAUUACAAGAUCAUCGAGUGCUACAAGCAAAAAACACCGAUCUUCAAUCCGAGGAAUUCGAAAACCUACCGAAACCUCACGUGUGGGUCCGACCAGUGCGCGUUGUUGGACGACGCAUCGCCGGGGCUUCUCCCAGCUUGCAAUCAAGAACAGCAGCCUUGUUCGUACUACGUCUUUUAUAAAGAAGAAGCGGUGGAUGAGUCGCGUAGCGGUGGAGACAUAGCACUGGAAACCUUUACUUUUGUCGACGGCGAUAAUAUCGACUCGGUUAAGGUUGUGUUUGGGUGCGGCCACGACAACAUGGGUGGGUUUGUGGAGAAGGCCUCUGGGGUAUUAGGUCUUGGUCGUGGCUCGGUUUCGUUAGUCAACCAAUUGGCAAGUGGUGGUGGUGGUGGUGGGGCCAGGUACUUUUCGUACUGCUUGACGACAUCGGAAUCUGAUCGUUCAGAUUCCGAUGCUUCGAGCAGGAUAAGAUUUGGUAGUACCGCGAUUGUGGGCCCGGGCCCUAAAGUGGGGUCCACUCCGUUGAGAAACGGGCCGGGUGGAACCGUGCGGAACUUUUACAGCGUGACGUUGGAGGGUAUUAGCGUCGGGAAUCAAAGAUUGGAAUAUUCUUCGAGUCCGAAGAUAGUGAAAAGGAUAGGAAACAUUGUCAUUGACUCUUCCACUGCGAUGACAGUGUUGCCGAGCUCGUUUUACGACAGGUUGGAAUCUGUAUUGGUCAAAGCAAUAGUCAACGGUACAGCUAAGCGCGUGCCGGACCCGAGAAAAACAAACGGGUUGUGCUUUGGGCAAGUGGCGACGGUCAAUUACCCCGCCAUAACCGCGCAUUUUCAAGGGGUGGACUUGGUGUUGUCGAAUGAAAACUCGUUUUUGGAAGUCGGGGUAGGGGUCGUUUGUUCGACUUUCUUGCGUGGGGUUAGCGACGAACCUUCGGUUGCUAUUUUCGGUAACAUGCAUCAGAGGAAUAUUCUCAUCGGAUUCGAUCUUGACAAUCACAAGGUCGAUUUCUUGCCAACUGAUUGCGCCAAACCCCAAUGAAUAUGACGAUGGGUUUCAGGUUUUCGGGUUUCAGUCAUAUAUAAUUUUUUAUCAUCUUAUUAAUUAAUGUCAAAUAAGAGUAAUGCAAUGCAUUAUGUGUUUUUUCAGCCAAGUAAUUGUUUCACAAAAACGUUCGCACACAACAAUUUUCGACGAAUAGUUGUCGAAAUUCAUCUCAAAAA